AUGGCCCUCGUCAACGCGAAAAACAAGGUCCCUGAACUUCAGAAGUUCUACCAGAACGCCUACAAGGAGCACACCCGUCUCUGGAGGAUCAACCCUCGCAGCCGUGCCUACAUGGUCCCAUACACCAUCGCUCUCUGGGGCACCCUCGCCUUCACCCUCUACGGCGGUAUCCGCAAGGUUGCUGGUUACAACAGCUACUUCGGCAAGAACUAG